AAAUAAAAUUAAAAAGUAACAAAAGUUUUAUCUUUCUACACAAACCAUAAUUUUCUCUAACUUUACUCCUUUUUAAACUCACAUUUUCCCCUUACUUCACUCUCUCCUCUCUCUCUCCAAAGACCUCCUCCGACGAGAGAUUACCGGAAAAAAUAAAAACAACUCUUUUAGUUUAAUCCACAAAACUCUUAUGGAAGAUGAAGCCCAUGAGUUUUUCCACGCAGCUGAUCAUUUUGCCGUCGAUGACCUCUUAGUUGAUUUCUCUAACGAUGAUGACGAAGAAAACGAUGUUGUUGCUGACUCCACCACCACAACCACCACCGCCUUCACCGACAGCUCUAACAUCUCCGCCAUCGAUCUCCCCAAUUUUAGUGGUGAUGUUCAAGACGGCACUAGCUUCUCCGGUGACCUUUGCGUACCGUGUGAUGAUUUGGCUGAUGAGUUGGCGUGGCUUUCCAACAUCGUGGACGAGUCGUUCUCGCCUGAAGAUGUACAGAAGCUCCAGCUAAUAUCCGGUUUUAACACCCGACCCGGCCCGAAAUCCGAAUCCGGAACCUCGGAAAAUCCGAAUAGCACCAGUCCCAUUUUCACUACCGACGUUUCUGUGCCGGCCAAAGCUAGGAGCAAACGCUCACGCGCCGCAGCGUGUAAUUGGGCCUCACGUGGGCUUCUCAUGGAAACUGUUUACGACAACCCUUUCACCGGAGAAUCCAUUCUCUCUAGCCACAACUUGUCUCCACCGACCUCUCCCCCACCACCGAUGGCUCACCUUGCGAAAAAGCAAGCCACCGACGGAGGAUAUCGGCGGAAGAAAGAUGUUUCUUCACCAGAGUCAGGUGGCACAGAGGAGAGACGGUGUCUCCAUUGCGCCACGGAUAAGACCCCGCAAUGGCGGACAGGCCCAAUGGGCCCGAAGACGUUGUGCAACGCUUGCGGGGUAAGGUACAAAUCAGGGCGUCUGGUGCCCGAGUACCGUCCGGCCGCGAGUCCGACGUUUGUGCUUACAAAACAUUCCAAUUCUCACCGGAAAGUUAUGGAGCUCCGGCGACAGAAGGAGAUGAGUAAGGCCCACCAUGAGUUCAUACAUCACCAUCACGGUACGGGCAGUGCCAUGAUUUUCGACGUUUCAUCGGAAGGUGAUGAUUACUUGAUCCACCAUAAGGUUGGCCCAGACUUCAGACAGCUUAUUUGAUUUUUGAUCCCUUUUUAUUUUUCCAAUAAUUUAAUUAGGGAUAAUCUUCUUAGAAAUCAAAUUUUGCUAAUCUUAAUUUUGUUGAUGACAAUUUACUUCUUUUUUUCUUCCCUUUAAUUUUGUGUUGUUUUGGGAUUUGCUAGAAAACUUUUGUUGCAUUUCCUCAUGACAUAAAAUGAUUUUUUUUUUUUUUUUAGUUUUUCCCCCUUUUGUUAAAUCUACUUGUUUAGUUUAUGUUAGAUCUACAAAAUGUUUA